AUGGCUUCCUUUAAUCUCCUUCCUCCUCUAACUCAUCUCCCUCUGCUGGCCACUUUAUUUGUUACAGUUUUUUCCUUUCAGACUUCCAUCAAAGCAUCUUAUGUAGUCCAUUUUAAAUGCUCUGCGAAAAUCAACACAUGUAAUGCCUUACUCUACCACAUAAACCAAGGUCUUGACAUAGAAGACAUAGCCUCUCUUUACUCUGUUAAUUCAUCCCAAAUCCAACCAAUAACAAGGGGGGCCAAUCAAGACUAUCUCAUAACUGUCCCUUGUUCUUGUAAAGCCGUCACAAACCUUAGGGGAUAUUUCUUUGACACAACAUACACAGUGCAGCAAGAUGAGACAUAUAUGAAUAUCUCAAACUUCUAUUACAGCGGACAAGCCUGGUCUCCUACUGAUAAUCUGACCACAGGUGAAAACUUAACAAUACAUCUUCCCUGUGGAUGUACAGAAAGUGAUUCUCAAAUCAUUGUGACAUAUACGGUCCAGCAGAAUGAUACAACAGCAGAAAUCGCCAAUUUGCUAUCAGCUACGCUUACUGGCAUUCAGAACAUGAAUGGAGUUUUAGCUAAUAGGCCUUCAUUCAUAGAUGUGGGUUGGGUGUUAUAUGUUCCUAAGGAGCUCAAUGGGAUUCCAUCUUCAAAAGGAAGUGGAAAGAAACGAAAGCGUUCCAUUAUCAUUGGUGUCUUGGCGGGUGUGGCAUUACUUUCUGCUAUCACAAUAACCAUUCUCAUUCGAUGGAGAAAAAGAGCCACUGAAACCAGCAAUGAAGAUGCAAAAGCUGUAUCGAAAAGAUCAACUUCAAAAGCAUUUUCUAAACGAUCGAUUUCCAAUAGAACUCUUUCCUUAAAGAACCAUCAGUUUCAUAUAGAAACUAUAGAAGAAGUAACAUCAAUUGACUCAGAAAGACCAGUAACAUUUUAUCUUGAGGAGAUUGAGGAGGCCAUAAACAAAGAAGGUAAAAUAAUAGGAAAGGGCGGAUAUGGGACUGUGUAUUUUGGAAUUUUAGGAGAUAAGGAGGUUGCUAUAAAAGAGAUGAGGUCUAGUAAAUCCAAAGAGUUCUAUGCAGAACUGAAGGUCUUAUGCAGGAUCCAUCAUAUCAACAUUGUGGAGCUAUUGGGAUAUGCCAGUGGAGAAGAUAACCUCUAUUUAGUGUAUGAGUAUGUUUCAAAAGGAUCUCUCAGUGACCAUCUUCACGAUCCAUUUCUAAAAGGUCAUGAACCUCUUUCAUGGACUGUUAGAGCACAGAUUGCUCUGGAUGCUGCAAAAGGUCUUGAGUACAUACAUGAUUACACAAAAGCACGGCAUGUGCACCGAGAUAUCAAGACUAGCAAUAUUCUUCUCGACAAUAAACUCAGAGCCAAGAUUGCAGAUUUUGGACUAGUAAAGCUGGUAGAACGAACAAACGAUGAUGAUUUUAUAGCAACAAGGCUUGUUGGAACACCAGGCUACCUUCCCCCGGAAUCUGUGAAGGAGCUUCAGCUGACCUCAAAAACCGACGUUUUUGCAUUUGGAGUAGUUCUAGCAGAGCUAGUAACAGGGAAACCUGCUCUAUUUCGUGACAGCCAAGAAACCUGCAGAAUGAGAUCGCUCAUUUCUGUCAUCAAUAAAGUAUUUGAAGCUAAUGACCCAGAGAGUGCUUUAGAGGAUAUCAUAGACAAAAACCUUCGAGAUACCUAUCCUGUGGAGGAUGUCUUCAAGAUGAUAGAAGUAGCUGAAAGAUGCUUGCGUGAGGAACCAACAGAGAGGCCAGAAAUGAGGGAGAUUGUGUUGAUUUUGUCACAGAUUUUGAUGUCCUCCACAGAAUGGGAAGCAUCAUUAGGUGGAAACAGUGAAGUCUUUAGCGGCGUAUUUACUGGAAGAUGA